GAAAUGGCAGACGCGAGACGACAUGAUGUUUUGUCGGUGACGCGACAACUUUCUGUUAUCGAACUGCUCGGGUGUUGCAUUUUACGCGUUGUGUCGUGGUGCCACGAUUAUUGUUCAAUAUCCAAAAACUACGACAAUCGAUCUAAAGUAAACUGCAGUACACGUGAAAGUAAUACGAAUUGAAAGAUCGUUGCAAUCAGCGCGUGUCUGCGAACCUACAACGACACGAACGUCGGUGACGCAGACACUGCAGCAACAAACGUAAACUAGCAGCUAGUUCAAAGUGUCUAUUUUUACAUAGAACAUCGCGUAACUGAAACAUCCAUUUAUAAAUUAAAAAGAAAAAAAUGCACGAGACAAGAGAUUACAUAAAUUUAGUGCUAACGGUUAAAAAAUAUCCGGUACUGUACGAUCUCAGUUGUAACGAUUACCACAAUAGAAUUGUACGAAAUAAAAUGUGGAAAGCAGUGGCGCAAGAAGUGAAUGCUACUGCGGCCGAAUGCAAAGACAAAUGGAAAAAUCUGCGUGCCAGUUACAGUAGGCACUUGAGAAAUAAAAUCACGGGAAAUUCCAAGUCGAAGAAACCAUAUUACAUGGCUAGUUACAUGGACUUCCUCCUUCCCUAUAGUAAAGCUGGCAGACAAGACAAUUCAAACGAGGAAGGUACUGUAACACAGGAGGGUUGGAACGACGAAGAGGUCGCCUCGGACGCAUCAUCAAACUACGAAAAAUCAAGCAAGUGUGAUCAAAAAAUUCCACUGUCAGAUAGAGAUACCGAUACGAGGAACGAAGAGCACGCGUUCUCGCGAAACAAUCCGAUUACAUUCGCGAACGAUAAAUUACUGACACCAAGGUCACCCGAUAAUUAUCUUCUAAGCAAUAGGCAAGAACUCGACGAGUCGAUCAGCGAUCCUGACUGGUUGUUCUUGAAAAGCAUAUUGCCAGAUAUUCACCAGAUGACCGGUCCAGAGAAAAGGACCUUUAAGGUAUCCGUGUUGAGUCUAAUCGUCAAGAUAUUAAACGAAAGAGAAUCUAUAGGGACAUCUAUAGAAAACGAAAUUCCUAAUUCUGUGAUGGAAAGUCAAAAGGAUGAAGAGGGAGUUUGAUUUUGAAAAUCGAGGAAUCACCCACACUACGCUUUUUGGGAACCAUCCCCCAUUUCUGACACCAAUUGUAGAAUGGCGGCAGAAAACUUAAGGAGUUUUGUCUUGGGAAUCACCACCGUCCAACUAACUAUAGAGACUCGUCAGGGGGACUGACCCCGGUUCAGUUGUAACGAUUACCACAAUAGAAUUGUAUGAAAUAAAAUGUGAAAAGCAGUGCCACAAGA